AUGGGAAGCACUCACAGUCAUGAGCUGGCAACUGCACCGCUUGGCCACAACCAAAAUAGGCGUAAACAGUGCAAGUCAGUAGCGCUGCCUUCUCUGGAGAGGUCUCAAGGGGAUCAAGGCUUGCCAGAAUGCCCUGUUUCAACGGCCCGCCCAGGGAAGCUAAAGCUGAACGGUCUGGCCGCUGGCGACUCCACCACGUGUUGCACGACAACGUGUGGCAGCAGUCUUAGUGGAUUCGGCGCCAGCCCACAAACGCGUUCAACAGGCCUUAGUGGGGGGUCAAGUGCUGUCACCAUCACACUGUCAUGCGAGAGUUGUCUGGAGCGCAGCGAAAGCGCUCAGGCGGUGAGCAGCAUUGCAAGCCAGAGUCCUAGAGCCUCUACGCAAAAGGAUUACUUGGAUGUUCUGGAAGAAAGUGCCAAAAAAUCGACAGCUAGAGGGGGCCGAUGGAGCCGCAGAACUCCGCGGGUGCAGGGGCUCCUGAAGACUCUGAGAAGAGGAGCAGUGCGCUGUCGCUCUCAGCCAGCACCAUCCAGGAGCCAGGAAGGUUCCAGAGAGUACAUUAAUAACGAAUUAGGUGCAGAGACAGUACCAGCAACGUCGGCAGCUGCUUUGCAUGCUUUCAUCCUUAAGGAAGAAGAUGAGCAUCGGCGUAGGCGACACAGCAACAUGCUAGACCUCUUUUCGGCAGCAUCUGUAGCCAACAUUGAGCAUGAAGCCUCACGCAAGGUAAAAGCUUUUGAAGAGGAAUCCAGCGGCGCAACACUAGAUGGCACGCAAAAUGCAGGUGCAGAUCGCUCUGCGAGCUGUCACGGCGAAGGUAGGUCAGCAAGCUCGCCCAGCGGGAACGCAGUUCAAGCUGGGGAAACACAGCAAAGUCAACUCCCUAGAAGAGUUGCUUUGCGCAGAGUAGCUGGGCGCCGGGCUCUGGAACUCCCGCAGUGCAACAGUGGGGCUCCCAGCAGUUGGAUAUGUGACGCCCCACCGGACGGGCGAUGGGAAAUAGAAAGAGGAGUAUGGAAUCGACAGGGUGUCCACCUUAACCACCUCCGUGUUGCAGAUGACCGCUUCAAGGCUCUAGCAGCAACGAGACUGUUGUCGCCACCCAGUCUUAAAGGGCAAUCCCAAGGGAUUUACAAAACUUCCGGCAUGAGUGUAUCGCAGCCCAUUACCCAGCAUCGAGGAGUUCCUAUUGCUCCCCUGGCUGGCCGGUUGAGGGAAAAUCAGCAGUUGCUGUUGCAGUCGGGGUACCAAGUUGUGCCGGUGACAAAUAGAGGCGUGGCAGCAGCCACAACGAUCGAGCUAGUCAAAAGCAGACAUGCAAAUGAGGAAAGGCGCAGGCAGCGGCAUCGUCAUAUUGCUUCCCCUGAGCUGAGUCCAAAAAUUCCUAGCCCUGUGGGCCCUCAGAACUCAUCAAUAGAAGAGCAGAGAAGAAGAGACCACAACAGGGUGGACGCGCAGACCUCUGCAAGGGAACUGCAGGGGACACAUGGAAGAACUUUAGUCGAGACACAGGAGCAGCCAGUGCGCUGCAACAGGCAGACCCUACUAGCAAGUGGAAACGAGCAACCGCUUGACACUGGUGAACCUCAUGGGCUCAAAACAAUCGGAGGAGGCGGGGACGCCCAAGCUUCGAGAUGCGCGCUUUCUGUUCCAACUCCCCCGUUUGUCUCUCAUGCUCAACAGGAAAAGCAGGAUGGCACAAAUUUUUUGCAGCCAUCAUACUGCGCAGCAUCCGUGAAAGGCCCCCAAAAGUGCCAUGAUUCUGGAUGCCCCCCAGCAAAUCCUCAGGUGACCCCAUCAGCCUCACGAGCACAGCAACGGAAUGCGUUUGUCGCAAACCCUCGUACUCACACCCAAGAAAGCGCAAGCUGGAGCACUGAAGGUCAUCACUCAGAACAGCAACACUGCACUGGAUAG